AUGGCAGAGGGCGGACAGACGGCCAGCGCCUUCUCGCCGCUGCUGGGCGCCGCCACCACCGCCGUCAGGUCGCUCUUAUGCCGGGGGCCGGUGGCCGUGUUCUCGGUGGAGAGAUGCCGCCGGGACCCGAGCAGCGGGGGCGGCCUGCUGCGGGACUGCGGCCUGCCGCCCGAGGCCGACCUGUACGACGUGAGCCUGAGCGACGGCCGCUGGCUGCUCCGGGCGACGCUGCGGCCUCCCCUCAACCCGCUGGUCCGCCGCAACGAGCUGCGCUGCGGCUGCGAGCUGGAGCAGCUGCUCCUGGGCGUCGAGUACGACGAGCGGCGGGCCAGCGCCGGCUGCAGGCUCUUCGUGGUGAUGGAGGCCCGGGUGGUUGCCAAUGGCGACGGCGCUCCCUCGCCCCUCUUAAAGGAGACGCGCUGCCGGAAGCUGCAGGACCUGAACGACGAGGCGGGGCGGUGGGCGGGGCCAGACCUGCCACUCAGAGCCAGGAGGCGGAGCUACCUCCCUCUAUGGGGUGACAGUGACUAUUAUGGAGAUGUCUGGUUCCCAGAGUCCAACAAUGGUCGCCCUCCAGCCCCUUCGCAACACCCCAAAGGAGCUGGGAGCAUUUGCCUGAGACAGCUGGAGGGAUGUAUCUCACAAAAGAGGAUAGACCACCCACCAGUGCUCGUCCGAAUCCUUCGCAAGUACAGACUCUGCCAUUAUGGACGGCCUGACAGAUAUGCAGAGUGUCCAUUCCAGGCCAAAUUCCUAGCGGCAGAUAAAUCAGGGAUGGCCACGUUAGUGCUGUGGAACUCCUUCUGCAUGGACUGGUACAGACAUCUGGAGCCGGGGAUGGUGAUACAGCUGUACAACUAUGUGGUGAAGGAGAGCUAUGCCACUCGGAUGGGGCAAGACCCUGGACUUACAAUGGAACCUGCCUUAGAACUGAAUUUAAACACAAGGAAUCCAGCGGCCGACAUCACCAUCAUCAAUGACCAGCCUGGGAAUGCAGAGUGGCAGGUACCGCCGCUCCAGUACACCUUUGUCACCAGGACGGAACUGUCGCAGCUUCGCCCGGGAGAUCAGUGCGACGUGAUCGGCCUCGUUACGUUUGUCGGGAGGCAAGAGCGCAUCCGGAGCCAAGAGCACGCCGGCGAGUUCGUGGCUUACCGCUGGGUGCACCUGACCGACGGGACGGCGCCAGAACCUUUCGUGCUGAAGCUUUUCUCCACUUGCCAACCGGAGAUCCAGGCGCAGAUAUACCCCUGCAGCAUUUCCGAAAACACUGUGACCUUCCUUGUGUGCACCAAUGUCAGGGUGGAAGGCAAAAUGGUCGAUGCCAGUGGACAGACCAUGUGCCCUCACCUCUUCAGCACCAAGUACAGUCAGGUGUUUAUCAAUGGUCACCAUCGGGGGAAACUUUACGUGAAGAAUCCCAAAGUGAAGGAGUUUAUCCAGUGGAUACGGAUGGCGAAGGACAAGGAAAGGGAGCGGCUGAGCCAGACUCAGAUUGGCGGAUGUUACAGCUUCCCCCCGCUACCCUGCAACGAGCGGAACUUCCGAAACGAAGUGCUCGGUGUAUCGACAUUGACCACCAUGGGGGAACUGAAGCAGCUCCUGGAGCAGUUGGAAUACAGAGAGUACAGAAGAGUCAAUGUCCAAGGCCACAUCUGCUGCGUGAAGUACAAGUCACUGGGAACUGACGGAGAGGAGGAGGUCCUUGUCUUCAGGCCUGGUGUUACCGGCUCCACAGGGAAGCGGGCUGGUGUCACCCAGUCACCCGUUGUUGACCGAUCCUACCAGGGCACGGGGAGAAACCGCAGCCCUGAGAUCCCCAUCAUCAGGACUUCACCGAGUCAAAAAACAACCCCGUCACCACGACAAAAGAGAUCAAGGAAAGGGUUGACGUACAGGAAAAGACCAAUUCGAAUGAGGCUGAAUGAAAGCACAGAGUCGAGCGAAGGGGAAACUGAUGUCACUCAGAAACGCACUUGUUCGGAAAACCCGACCCCUAAACAAGACCUCAGUUUUGCCAAGGCUUGCAAGGAGUUCUACACGAGCUCUGACGACACAGAGAUGGAGUCCAGCGUGUGUCCAAGCAGCGGCUCAUGGACCGGCAGCCUGAGUAAGCAGCAGCAUGUCCCCCACAGUGGACACGUCUGUGAGAUGGUGGCCCGCAGCUUCCACUUGAGGGACAAGGCCCUGCUCCUCAACACGUUUGAACUGCAGCCGUCCAGUUUCAAUGGAGUGCGGCCUGAUUUUGGCAAGAAGCUCCAUCAGUGCGAGUUGGCGUGUUGCCGUGGUUACUACACCGUCACCAUUUUAGGGCUGAACGGCGAGCUGUCCUUGGACACGAUCUUCCUCCCCACCAAUCCCAGGUCGGACCAUCGGGAUUUGUGGCCCGCCAAGCACGACAACUCCUUCAUCAACGUUUUAGCUCAUGGAGGUCUAUCGUUGGGGCAAGAUGGUGGCAGCAACGCAGAGAUUGAAGAGUUCCUCCCACAGCCUCCUGGCGACGUCCUCAGUCCUGUGUGUGGCCUGGAGAAGAUGCUGUUCAUCUUUGUCCUCGAUGUGUGUAGCCAAGGCAGCUCCAGAGUCGAAGUCGCCCUGAACCGAGCCUACGUCCAACACCACGCUCUCUGAACAGUUGGGUCUCUUCAUUACUUAACACCAGCUUCCCAAAACAGAACAGAUACUGUGACUUACGGCAGACAGUGUUUUAUAUUAUUUUUAGGUAGCCUUGUUUCUGAAAAGAGAAAAAUAUGUUUUUUUUGUUCCUGUGGAAUGUAUCGAUAUCUCUGUCAUCGUUAGAAAUCAUUGGCUGGAUUGACGAGCUGGCUAGAUUCAAUGAUACUUUACUCACAUUAAAUGUGGUGUCCAGUGA